AUGGAUAUUACGCCGAUCGCGGUCUCUCGGGUGUCCGGGGCGAAAGACGACGGCAUCGCCUUCAGGCUGCACGCGGCGGCGACGUCGGUCUUCAUAUUAACGUUUUCCAUAAUUAUCAGCAGCGAGCAGAUCGUGGGAAAUCCGAUAGAAUGCGUCCACACGAGAGAUAUCCCCGUCGAGGCUUUCAACGCUUACCGUUGGAUACGCAGCGCUUAUUUCGUGACCGGAGCGACGUUGGGGAUCGUCGGAGCCAACGUUGCAGCACCCGGUGUCGCGCCGUCCUUUGGAAAUCGACGAUCCGAUCGGUUCGAUCGUCGAGAAAACGAUCCCGCCGUUCCGCGGGAGACCACCAGGAGCCUCGAGUACUACCAGUGGGUCGUCUUCGUCUUGGCGUUGCAAGCGAGUGCAGAUUUCGAUCGCGACGCGGACGUAGAAUCUGUAGAAAGGAAUUCUUGA